AUGGAAUGGCAACCUCAGGAUGAGCCAUUGAGGCAGCUCGCCUGCUGUCUCAGGGACUCGUUACAUCCUCACAAUCGCGCAGCACAAAAGCAGGCCGAACAGAUGCUUGUUCAAGCGACAUCCUCCCCCGACUAUGUCAAUUAUAUCACCUACCUUUUUUGCACCCCGCAGAUCCCCCCGGCCGUGGGCAUGGAUGACGACACUUACAAUUUGGUUCGUUUCGCCGCUGCGAUGAACCUCAAGACGAAGAUCCGGGUCGCAUACAAUACAAUUCCUCAGCCCAGUUUAGCAUACAUCCGAUCCGCGACCCUGGCCGGGCUGCGGGACGGCAACCUCCAGGUGCGGAACUCCGCCGGUAGCAUUAUCACGGAGCUGUUGCAACAGGCGGGGCUGUUGGCGUGGCCGGAGGUGCUACAUGAACUCCUGAGUCUGGUGGAGAACGCUUCGGGGGACGUUCCGGCCCUGGCUCAGGAGGCCGCCAUGUCGGCCCUCGCGAAAGUUUGCGAAGACAACCGCAAGGUCCUUGAUCGGGAUUACGAGGGGCAGCGCCCUCUCGAUGUGAUUAUUCCGAAGUUGAUGGACUUCACAUCUAGCGGGAGCCCCAGGGUUCGGUCUAUGGCGUUGAGCACCAUCCACGUCUUCCUCCCCAGCAGACCGCAGGCGUUGAUCGCUUCGUUGGAUCUGUUUCUUUCGCAGUUGUUCCAGCUCGCCAGCGACACCGAUACCGAUGUACGACGUAUGGUGUGUCAGACUUUCGCGCAGUUGGUGGACUUUGCCCCCGAAAAGCUCGUCCCGCACAUGGAAGGAUUGGUCAACUACAUCAUCAUGCAGCAGAACAACGCGGAGGACCCUGAACUCGCGCUCGAUGCCGCGGAGUUCUGGCUUGUUGCAGGCGAGCAGGCGAAGCUGCAACAGCCCUUGGCGCCACACAUGCCCAAGAUUGUUCCCGUGCUGCUCCGGAGCAUGGUAUACGAUGAGGAUGAAGCGAUUCGCCUAUCGGGUGAAGGCGACGAUGCUGAACUCGAAGACCGUGAGGAGGAUCUCAGACCCCAAUUCGCCAAAUCGAAAGCCGCUCGUCUAGACCUCUCCAAGUCCGGAGCGCAGGCAAACGGCGACGCGGCCGCUGACGAAGAUGACGAUGACGACCUGAGCGAGGGUGAGAUCGAGGACUCUGAGUUUGGCGAUGACCCGGAGGACGAGUGGACUCUGAGAAAGUGUUCUGCGGCUGCGCUGGACGUCUUUUCAAAUGUUUAUCACCAGCCGAUCUUCGAGAUCAUCCUGCCCUAUCUGAAAGAAACUCUCCGCCAUGAGCAAUGGCCGCAGCGCGAAGCCGCGGUCCUGACGCUCGGCGCGGUUGCAGACGGCUGUAUGGAUGCAGUCACGCCCCACCUUCCUGAGCUUGUCCCCUAUCUGAUCUCGCUUCUGAACGACCCCCAGCCGGUCGUACGACAGAUUACCUGCUGGUGUCUUGGACGAUACUCGGAAUGGGCUUCGCACUUGGUUAACCCAGCGGAAAGGGCUCGUUUCUUUGAGCCUAUGAUGGAGGGUAUACUCCGGCGGAUGCUGGACGGCAAUAAGAAGGUGCAAGAGGCGGCCGCCUCUGCCUUUGCCAGCCUGGAAGAGAAGUCGGACGCCAACUUGAUACCCUACUGUGAGCCGAUUUUGAGACAGUUUGUGCAGUGCUUUGGAAAGUACAAGGAUCGCAAUAUGUACAUCCUGUAUGAUUGUGUCCAGACGCUUGCUGAAUGUGUAAUGGGAGAGCUGGCGAAACCGCACCUGGUGGAUAUCCUGAUGCCUGCCCUGAUUGAUCGGUACAAUAAGGUGACGGACCAGUCUCGGGAACUCUUCCCCUUGCUCGAGUGCUUGGGAUACAUUGCUGCGGCGUAUGGCGACGCGUUUGCUCCAUUCGCGCCUCCUCUGUUCCAACGAUGCACGAAGAUCAUCUACGAGAACUUGCAGGAAUACAUUGCCUCCGUCAACAACCAAGCCAUUGAUGAGCCCGACAAGGAUUUCUUGGUGACCAGCCUGGACCUCCUCAGUGCGAUCAUACAGGCCAUCGAUCCUCAGAAGAGCGGCGAAUUGGUUGCCAGCUCGCAACCCCGCUUCUUUGAUUUGCUCUGCUUCUGCAUGGAGGACCCGAAUUACGAGGUCCGGCAGUCGUCAUACGCAUUACUCGGUGACUGCGCCAUCAAUAUCUUCCCACAGCUUGAGCCAUACAUCCCCAACAUAAUGCCUACCUUGAUCAAGCAGCUCGACCUGGAUCUCAUCCGAGAUGACGACCGACACACCGGGUUCAGCGUGCUGAACAAUGCCUGCUGGUCGUGCGGUGAGAUUGCCGUCACCGAGAAAGCCAAUCUCGCGCCGUUCGCCGACAAGCUGUACCACGGACUGUCUACCAUCAUCAACAACGAGGAGAUCAUCGACUCGGUGAAUGAGAAUGCCGCGAUGGCCCUCGGAAGGUUGGGCUUCUGCUGCUCCGAUCAGCUUGCCUCACACCUGGCCGAGUAUGCUGGCUCGUUUCUGAAGUCGAUGAACAAGAUUGAGUUCACCCGCGAAAAGGCAUCCGCAUUCCUCGGUUUCAACCAUGUUGUGAUGAAGAACCCGCAGGCUUUGGAAUCUUGUCUGGGAGACUACUUCCAGGCCAUUGCCACUUUCCCUGCUAAGUCACUUCAUCAAGAGGACUACCGUGAUAUCCAGAGCUCGUUCCAGCAGGUCCUGCAAGGCUAUAAAAAUAUGAUACCCGACUUCGAUUCGUUCCUCACCCAGCUUCCGCCACACGUGGUCCAGAAACUCCGUUCUGUGUACCAGAUUUAG